AUGAGUGUUGGCCGGAGGAAGCUGGCCCUGCUCUGGGCCCUGGCUGUCGCUCUGGCCUGCACCCGGCACACAGGCCAUGCCCAGGAUGGCUCCUCCGAAUCCAGCUACGAGCACCACCCUGCUCUCUCUCCUAUCGCCCGGGGGCCCGGUGGGGUCCCACUCCGUGGGGUGACUGUCUUCCCAUCUCUGAGGACCAUUCCUGUGGUACGAGCCUCCAACCCGGCGCACAACGGGCGGGUGUGCAGCACCUGGGGCAACUUCCACUACAAGACCUUCGACGGUGACGUCUUCCGCUUCCCCGGCCUCUGCAACUACGUGUUCUCUGAGCACUGCGGCGCCGCCUACGAGGAUUUCAACAUCCAGCUACGCCGCAGCCAGGAGUCGGCGGUCCCCACGCUGAGCAGGGUCCUUAUGAAGGUGGACGGCGUGGUCAUCCAGCUGACCAAGGGCUCCGUCCUGGUCAACGGCCGCCCGGUCCUGCUGCCCUUCAGCCAGUCUGGGGUCCUCAUUCAGCAGAGCAGCAGCUACACCAAGGUGGAGGCCAGGCUGGGCCUUGUCCUCAUGUGGAACCACGAUGACAGCCUGCUGCUGGAGCUGGACACCAAAUACGCCAACAAGACCUGUGGGCUCUGUGGGGAUUUCAACGGGAUGCCCGUGGUCAGCGAGCUCCUCUCCCACAACACCAAGCUGACACCCAUGGAAUUCGGGAACCUGCAGAAGAUGGACGACCCCACGGAGCAGUGUCAGGACCCUGUCCCUGAACCCCCGAGGAACUGCUCCACUGGCUUUGGCAUCUGCGAGGAGCUCCUGCAUGGCCAGCUGUUCUCUGGCUGCGUGGCCCUGGUGGAUGUCGGCAGCUACCUGGAGGCCUGCAGGCAAGAACUCUGCUUCUGUGAAGACACGGACCUGCUCAGCUGCGUCUGCCACACCCUCGCCGAGUACUCCCGGCAGUGCGCCCAUGCAGGGGGGCUGCCCCAGGACUGGCGGGGCCCUGAUCUCUGCCCCCAGAAGUGCCCCAACAACAUGCAGUACCACGAGUGCCGCUCCCCCUGCGCAGACACCUGCUCCAACCAGGAGCACUCCCGGGCCUGCGAGGACCACUGUGUGGCCGGCUGCUUCUGCCCUGAGGGGACGGUGCUUGACGACGUCGGCCAGACCGGCUGUGUCCCUGUGUCAAAGUGUGCCUGCGUCUACAACGGGGCUGCCUAUGCCCCAGGGGCCACCUACUCCACAGACUGCGCCAACUGCACCUGCUCUGGAGGCCGGUGGAGCUGCCAGGAGGUUCCGUGCCCGGGUACCUGCUCUGUGCUUGGAGGUGCCCACUUCUCCACGUUUGACGAGAGGCAAUACACGGUGCACGGGGACUGCAGCUAUGUGUUGACCAAGCCCUGUGACAGCAGUGCCUUCACUGUACUGGCUGAGCUGCGCAGGUGUGGGCUGACGGACAGCGAGACCUGCCUGAAGAGCGUGACACUGAGCCUGGACGGGGCGCAGACGGUGGUGGUGAUCAAGGCCAGUGGGGAAGUGUUCCUGAAUCAGAUCUACACCCAGCUGCCCAUCUCUGCAGCCAACGUCACCAUCUUCAGACCCUCAACCUUCUUCAUCAUCGCCCAGACCAGCCUGGGCCUGCAGCUGAACCUGCAGCUGGUGCCCACCAUGCAGCUGUUCAUGCGGCUGGCGCCCAAACUCCGCGGGCAGACCUGCGGUCUCUGUGGGAACUUCAACAGCAUCCAGGCCGAUGACUUCCGGACCCUCAGUGGGGUGGUGGAGGCCACAGCUGCGGCUUUCUUCAACACCUUCAAGACCCAGGCCGCCUGCCCCAACAUCAGGAACAGCUUUGAGGAUCCCUGCUCCCUGAGCGUGGAGAAUGAGAAGUAUGCUCAGCACUGGUGCUCGCAGCUGACCGACGCCGACGGCCCCUUCAGCCACUGCCAUGCUGCUGUGAAGCCGGGCACCUACUACUCGAACUGCCUGUUUGACACCUGCAACUGUGAGCGGAGCGAGGACUGCCUGUGUGCCGCGCUGUCCUCCUAUGUGCACGCCUGUGCCGCCAAGGGCGUGCAGCUCAGUGGCUGGAGGGACGGCGUCUGCACGAAGCCCAUGACCACUUGCCCCAAGUCGAUGACCUACCACUACCACGUCAGCACCUGCCAGCCCACCUGCCGCUCCCUGAGCGAGGGGGACAUCACCUGCAGUGUUGGCUUCAUCCCCGUGGAUGGCUGCAUCUGUCCCGAGGGCACCUUCCUGGACGACACGGGCAAGUGUGUGCAGGCCAGCAACUGUCCCUGCUACCACAGGGGCUCCAUGAUCCCCAAUGGGGAGUCAGUGCACGACAGCGGGGCUGUCUGCACCUGCACACAAGGGAAGCUGAGCUGCAUCGGAGGCCAAGCCCCCACCCCAGUGUGUGCUGCGCCCAUGGUGUUCUUUGACUGCCGCAACGCCACGCCCGGGGAUGCAGGGGCCGGCUGUCAGAAGAGCUGCCACACCCUGGACAUGACCUGUUACAGCCCCCAGUGUCUGCCUGGCUGCGUGUGCCCCGACGGGCUGGUGGCGGACGGCGAGGGUGGCUGCAUCACUGUGGAGGACUGCCCCUGCGUGCACAACGAGGCCAGCUACCGGGCCGGCCAGACCAUCCGGGUGGGCUGCAACACCUGCACCUGUGACAGCAGGAUGUGGCGGUGCACAGAUGACCCCUGCCUGGCCACCUGUGCCGUGUACGGGGACGGCCACUACCUCACCUUCGACGGGCAGAGCUACAGCUUCAACGGAGACUGCGAGUACACGCUGGUGCAGAACCACUGUGGUGGGAAAGACAGCACCCAGGAGUCCUUCCGUGUCGUCACCGAGAACGUCCCCUGUGGCACCACAGGGACCACCUGCUCCAAGGCCAUCAAGAUCUUCCUGGGGGGCUCCGAGCUGAAGCUGAACCACGGGAAGGUGGAGGUAAUCGGGACGGACGAGAGCCAGGAGGUGCCAUACACCGUCCGGCAGAUGGGCAUCUACCUGGUGGUGGACACCAACAUCGGCCUGGUGCUGCUGUGGGACAAGAAGACCAGCAUCUUCAUCAACCUCAGCCCCGAGUUCAAGGGCAGGGUCUGCGGCCUGUGCGGGAACUUUGACGACAACGCCGUCAAUGACUUUGCCACGCGGAGCCGGUCCGUGGUGGGGGACGUGCUGGAGUUCGGGAACAGCUGGAAGCUCUCCCCCUCCUGCCCAGACGCCCUGGCGCCCAAGGACCCCUGCACGGCCAACCCCUUCCGCAAGUCUUGGGCCCAGAAACAGUGCAGCAUCCUCCACGGCCCCACCUUCGCCGCCUGCCACGCACACGUGGAGCCGGCCAGGUACUACGAGGCCUGUGUGAACGAUGCGUGUGCCUGCGACUCAGGGGGUGACUGCGAGUGUUUCUGCACGGCCGUGGCCGCCUAUGCCCAGGCCUGCCAUGAAGUGGGCCUGUGUGUGUCCUGGCGGACCCCGAGCAUCUGCCCUCUGUUCUGCGACUACUACAACCCCAAAGGCCAGUGCGAGUGGCACUACCAGCCCUGCGGGGCGCCCUGCCUGCGCACCUGCAGGAACCCGCGUGGAGACUGCCUGCGGGACGUCCGGGGCCUAGAAGGCUGCUACCCCAAGUGCCCACCAGAGGCUCCCAUCUUUGAUGAGGACAAAAUGCAGUGUGUGGCCACCUGCCCGACCCCGCCUCUGCCACCACGGUGCCACGUCCAUGGGAAGUCCUACCGGCCAGGUGCAGUGGUGCCCUCGGACAAGAACUGCCAGUCCUGCCUCUGUACUGAGCGUGGCGUGGAGUGCACCUACAAAGCUGAGGCCUGUGUCUGUACCUACAAUGGACAGCGCUUCCACUCAGGGGACGUCAUCUACCACACGACGGAUGGCACGGGUGGCUGCAUCUCCGCCCGCUGCGGGGCCAACGGCACCAUUGAGAGGAGGGUCUACCCCUGCAGCCCCACCACCCCUGUCCCCCCAACCACCUUCUCCUUCUCCACACCCCCGCUCGUCGUGAGCUCCACGCACGCCCCCAGCCCUGGCCCGAGCAGCGCGCACACAGGCCCUCCGAGCAGCGCCUGGCCCACCACAGCAGGCACGUCUCCCAGGACGAGGCCGCCCACAGCCUCUGCCUCGCUGCCGCCGGUCUGCGGGGAAAAGUGCCUGUGGUCGCCAUGGAUGGACGUCAGCCGCCCUGGACGGGGCACGGACAGCGGUGACUUCGACACACUGGAGAACCUCCGCGCCCAUGGGUACCGGGUGUGCGAAUCACCCAGGUCGGUGGAAUGCCGAGCCGAGGACGCCCCCGGCGUGCCGCUCCAAGUCCUGGGGCAGCGUGUGCAGUGCAGCCCGGACGUGGGGCUGACCUGUCGUAAUAGGGAGCAGGCAUCGGGGCUCUGCUACAACUACCAGAUCAGGGUCCUGUGCUGCACGCCCCUAGCCUGCUCCACCUCUAGCAGUCCAGCCCAGACCACUCCUCCAACAACCUCCAAGACCACUGAAAUUCGGGCCUCAGCCUCCUCAGCCCCCAGCAGCACAUCUGGCCCCGUGGCUCUCUCUACAGCCAGGACAACACCUGCCCCAGGUACCGCUACGUCUGUCAAAAAAACUUUCUCAACUCCCAGCCCUCCGCCAGUGCUGGCAACAUCAACAUCAUCCAUGUCGACCACGGCCCCGGGGACCCCCGUGGUCUCCAGCAAGCCCACCCCCACCGAGCCCAGCACAUCCUCCUGCCUACAGGAGCUUUGCACCUGGACCGAGUGGAUCGACGGCAGCUACCCUGCUCCCGGAAUAAAUGGCGGAGAUUUUGACACAUUUCAAAAUUUGAGAGAUGAAGGAUACACAUUCUGUGAAAGUCCUCGCAGCGUGCAGUGCCGGGCAGAGAGCUUCCCCAACACACCGCUGGCAGACCUGGGGCAGGACAUCAUCUGCAGCCGCACGGAGGGGCUGAUUUGCCUGAACAAGAACCAGCUCCCACCUAUCUGCUACAACUAUGAGAUCCGCAUCCAGUGUUGCGAGACGGUGAACGUGUGCAGAGACAUCACCAGACCGCCGAAGACCGUCGCAACGACACGGCUGACUCCACACCCAACCAGAGCUCAGACCCAGACCACCUUCACCACACACGUGCCCUCGGCCUCCACAGAGCAACCCACAGCCACCUCCAGGGGUGGGUCCACAGCAACCAGCGUCACACAGGGCACCCACACCAGACCAGUCACUAGAGACUGUCAUCCCCGGUGCACCUGGACAAAGUGGUUCGACGUGGACUUCCCGUCUCCCGGACCCCACGGCGGGGACAAGGAAACCUACAACAACAUCAUCAGGAGUGGGGAAAAAAUCUGCCGCCGACCGGAGGAGAUCACCAGGCUCCAGUGCCGAGCCCAGAGCCACCCGGAGGUGAGCAUCGAACACCUGGGCCAGGUGGUGCAGUGCAGCCGCGAAGAGGGCCUGGUGUGCCGGAACCAGGAUCAGCAGGGACCCUUCAAGAUGUGCCUCAACUACGAGGUGCGCGUGCUCUGCUGCGAGACCCCCAAACGCUGCCCCGUGACCUCCACACCUGGCUCCACCUCUAGCAGUCCAGCCCAGACCACUCCUCCAACAACCUCCAAGACCACUGAAACUCGGGCCUCAGCCUCCUCGGCCCCCAGCAGCCCAUCUGGCCCCGUGGCUCUCUCUACAGCCAGGACAACACCUGCCCCAGGUACCGCUACGUCUGUCAAAAAAACUUUCUCAACUCCCAGCCCUCCGCCAGUGCUGGCAACAUCAACAUCAUCCAUGUCGACCACGGCCCCGGGGACCCCCGUGGUCUCCAGCAAGCCCACCCCCACCGAGCCCAGCACAUCCUCCUGCCUACAGGAGCUUUGCACCUGGACCGAGUGGAUCGACGGCAGCUACCCUGCUCCCGGAAUAAAUGGCGGAGAUUUUGACACAUUUCAAAAUUUGAGAGAUGAAGGAUACACAUUCUGUGAAAGUCCUCGCAGCGUGCAGUGCCGGGCAGAGAGCUUCCCCAACAUACCGCUGGCAGACCUGGGGCAGGACAUCAUCUGCAGCCGCACGGAGGGGCUGAUUUGCCUGAACAAGAACCAGCUCCCACCCAUCUGCUACAACUAUGAGAUCCGCAUCCAGUGUUGCGAGACGGUGAACGUGUGCAGAGACAUCACCAGACCGCCGAAGACCGUCGCAACGACACGGCCGACUCCACACCCAACCAGAGCUCAGACCCAGACCACCUUCACCACACACGUGCCCUCGGCCUCCACAGAGCAACCCACAGCCACCUCCAGGGGUGGGUCCACAGCAACCAGCGUCACACAGGGCACCCACACCAGACCAGUCACUAGAGACUGUCAUCCCCGGUGCACCUGGACAAAGUGGUUCGACGUGGACUUCCCGUCUCCCGGACCCCACGGCGGGGACAAGGAAACCUACAACAACAUCAUCAGGAGUGGGGAAAAAAUCUGCCACCGACCGGAGGAGAUCACCAGGCUCCAGUGCCGAGCCCAGAGCCACCCGGAGGUGAGCAUCGAACACCUGGGCCAGGUGGUGCAGUGCAGCCGCGAAGAGGGCCUGGUGUGCCGGAACCAGGAUCAGCAGGGACCCUUCAAGAUGUGCCUCAACUACGAGGUGCGCGUGCUCUGCUGUGAGACCCCCAAACGCUGCCCCGUGACCUCCACACCUGUGACAGCUCCUAGCACUCCAAGUGGGCGAGCCACCAGCCCAACUCAGAGCACCUCCUCUUGGCAGAAAUCCAGGACAACCACUUUGGUGACAACCAGCACAACCUCCACUCCACAGACCAGUACAACCUAUGCCCCUACAACUAGCACAACUUCUGCUUCUACACCCAGCACAACCUCUGCCCCUACAACCAGCACAACCUCUGCUCCUACAGCCAGAACAACCUCUGCUCCUACAACCAGCAUAACCUCUGUCCUAACAACCAGCACAAUCUCUGGUCCUGAAACUACUCCAAGCCCUGUUCCUACCACCAGCACAACCUCUGCUUCUACAACCAGUACAACCUUUGGUCCCGGAACUCCUCCCAGCCCUGUUCCUACCACCAGCACAAUCUCUGCUGCUACAACAAGCACAAUCUCUGCUCCUACAACGAGCACAACUUCUGGUCCUGGAACUACUCGCAGCCCUGUUCCCACCACCAGUGCAAUCUCUGCUCCUACAACCAGCACAACCUCUGCUCCUACAACCAGCACAAACUCUGCCCCUACAAGCAGCACAACUUCUGGUUCUGGAACUACUCCCAGCCUUGUUCCUACCACCAGCACUACCUCUGCCCCUACAACCAGCACAACCUCAGCUCCUACAAUCAGCACAACCUCUGCUCCUACAACCAGCACAACCUCUGCUCCUACAACCAGCACAACCUCUGCUACUACAACCAGCACAACCUCUACCCCUACAAGCAGCACAACCUCCACUCCACAGAGCAGCACAACCUUGGCUCCUACAACCAGCACAACUUCUGGUCCUGGAACUACCCCAAGCCCUGUUCCCACCACCAGCACAACCUCUGCUCCUACCACCAGCACAACCUCUUCUCCUACAACCAGCACAACCUCUGCUCCUACAACCAGCACAACCUCUGCUCCUACAACCAGCACAACCUUUGCUCCUACAACCAGCACAACCUCUAGUGCUGGAACUACUCCCAGCCUUGUUCCUACCACCAGCACAACCUCUCCUCCUACAACCAGCACCAGCUCUGCUCCUACAAGCAGCACAAACUCUAGUCCUGGAACUACUCCCAGCCCUGUUCCCACCACUAGCACAACCUCUGCUCCUACAACUAGCACAACCUCUGUCCCUAUAAUCAGCAAAACCUCUGGUCUUGGAACUACUCCCAGCCCUGUUCCUACUACCAGCACAGCUUCUGUUUCAAAGACGAGCACAAGCUAUGUUUCCAUAUCUAAGACAACCCACUCCCAGCCAGUCAACACAGACUGUCAUCCCCGGUGCAGCUGGACAAAGUGGUUUGACGUGGACUUCCCAUCCCCUGGACCCCACGGCGGAGACAAGGAAACCUACAAUAACAUCAUCAGGAGUGGGGAAAAAAUCUGCCGCCGACCGGAGGAGAUCACCAGGCUCCAGUGUCGAGCCGAGAGCCACCCGGAGGUGAGCAUCGAACACCUGGGCCAGGUGGUGCAGUGCAGCCGCGAAGAGGGCCUGGUGUGCCGGAACCAGGACCAGCAGGGACCCUUCAAGAUGUGCCUCAACUACGAAGUGCGCGUACUCUGCUGUGAGACCCCCAAAGGCUGCCCCGUGACCUCCACACCUGUGACAGCUCCUAGCACCCCUAGUGAGAGAGCCACCAGCCCAACUCAGAGCACCUCCUCUUGGCAGAAAUCCAGCACAACCACUUUGGUGACAACCAGCACAACCUCCACUGCACAGACCAGCACAACCUCUGCCCCUACAACUAGCACAACCCCUGCUUCUACACCCAGCACAACUUCUGCUCCUACAACCAGCACAACCUCUGCUCCCACAACCAGCACAACUUCUGCCCCUACAACCAGCACAACCUCCACUCCACAGACCAGCACAACCUCGGCUCCUACCACCAGCACAACCUCUGCUCCAAUAACCAGCACAACCUCUGCUCCUAAAACCAGCACAAUCUCUGCCCCUACAACCAGCACAACCUCUUCCCCUACAACCAGCACAACCUCUGCUACUACAACCAGCACAACCUCUCCCCCUACAAGCAGCACAACCUCCACUCCACAGACCAGCAAAACCUCAGCUGCUACAAGCAGCACAACCUCUGGUUCUGGAACUACUCCCAGCCCUGUUACCACCACCAGCACAGCUUCUGUUUCAAAGACCAGCACAAGCCAUGUUUCUGUAUCCCAGACAACCCACUCCCAACCAGUCACCAGAGACUGUCAUCCCCGGUGCAGCUGGACCAAGUGGUUUGAUGUGGACUUUCCGUCCCCUGGACCCCAUGGCGGAGACAAGGAAACCUACAACAACAUCAUCAGGAGUGGGGAAAAAAUCUGCCGCCGACCAGAGGAGAUCACCAGGCUCCAGUGCCGAGCCGAGAGCCACCCGGAGGUGAGCAUCGAACACCUGGGCCAGGUGGUGCAGUGCAGCCGCGAAGAGGGCCUGGUGUGCCGGAACCAGGACCAGCAGGGAACCUUCAAGAUGUGCUUCAACUACGAGGUGCGGGUACUCUGCUGUGAGACCCCCAAGGGCUGCCCUGUGACCUCCACACCUGUGACAGCUCCUAGCACCCCUAGUGAGAGAGCCACCAGCCCAACUCAGAGCACCUCCUCUUGGCAGAAAUCCAGGACAACCACUUUGGUGACAACCAGCACAACCUCCACUCCACAGACCAGCACAACCUCUGCCCCUACAACUAGCACAACUCCUGCUUCUACACCCAGCACAACCUCUGCCCCUACAACCAGCACAACCUCUGCUCCCACAACCAGCACAACUUCUGCCCCUACAACCAGCACAACCUCCACUCCACAGACCAGCACAUCCUCUGCCCCUACAAGCAGCACAACCUUGGCUCCCACAACGAGCACUUCCUCAGCUCCUACAACCAGCACAACCUUUGCCCCUGCAAGCAGCACAACCUCGGCUCCUACCACCAGCACAACCUCUGCUCCAACAACCACUAGCACAACCCCUGCUUCUACACCCAGCACAACUUCUGCUCCCACAACCAGCACAACCUCUGCUCCCACAACCAGCACAACUUCUGCCCCUACAACCAGCACAACCUCUACUCCACAGACCAGCACAUCCUCUGCCCCUACAAGCAGCACAACCUUGGCUCCCACAACGAGCACUUCCUCAGCUCCUACAACCAGCACAACCUUUGCCCCUGCAAGCAGCACAACCUCGGCUCCUACCACCAGCACAACCUCUGCUCCAACAACCAGCACAACCUCUGCUCCUAAAACCAGCACAACCUCUGCUCCUACAACCAGCACAAUCUCUGCCCCUACAACCAGCACAACCUCUUCCUCUACAACCAGCAGAAACUCUGCCCCUACAACCAGCACAACCUCUUCCCCUACAACCAGCACAACCUCUCCCCCUACAAGCAGCACAACCUCCACUCCACAGACCAGCAAAACCUCAGCUGCUACAAGCAGCACAACCUCCGGUUCUGGAACUACUCCCAGCCCUGUUACCACCACCAGCACAGCUUCUGUUUCAAAGACCAGCACAAGCCAUGUUUCUGUAUCCCAGACAACCCACUCCCAACCAGUCACCAGAGACUGUCAUCCCCGGUGCACCUGGACCAAGUGGUUUGACGUGGACUUCCCAUCCCCUGGAGCCCACGGUGGAGACAAGGAAACCUACAACAACAUCAUCAGGAGUGGGGAAAAAAUCUGCCGCCGACCAGAGGAGAUCACCAGGCUCCAGUGCCGAGCCCAGAGCCACCCGGAGGUGAGCAUCGAACACCUGGGCCAGGUGGUGCAGUGCAGCCGUGAAGAGGGCCUGGUGUGCCGGAACCAGGACCAGCAGGGACCCUUCAAGAUGUGCCUCAACUACGAGGUGCGGGUACUCUGCUGUGAGACCCCCAAGGGCUGCCCUGUGACCUCCACACCUGUGACAGCUCCUAGCACCCCUAGUGAGAGAGCCACCAGCCCAACUCAGAGCACCUCCUCUUGGCAGAAAUCCAGGACAACCACUUUGGUGACAACCAGCACAACCUCCGCUGCACAGACCAGCACAACCUCUGCCCCUACAACUAGCACAACCCCUGCUUCUACACCCAGCACAACUUCUGCUCCUACAACCAGCACAACCUCUGCUCCCACAAUCAGCACAACUUCUGCCCCUACAACCAGCACAACCUCCACUCCACAGACCAGCACAACCUCGGCUCCUACAACCAGCACAACCUCUGCUCCAAUAACCAGCACAACCUCUGCUCCUACAACCAGCACAAUCUCUGCCCCUACAACCAGCACAACCUCUUCCCCUACAACCAGCACAACCUCUGCUACUACAACCAGCACAACCUCUCCCCCUACAAGCAGCACAACCUCCACUCCACAGACCAGCAAAACCUCAGCUGCUACAAGCAGCACAACCUCCGGUUCUGGAACUACUCCCAGCCCUGUCCCUACAACCAGCACAACCUCUGCUCCCACAACCAGCACAACUUCUGCCCCUACAACCAGCACAACCUCCACUCCACAGACCGGCACAUCCUCUGCCCCUACAAGCAGCAAAACCUUGGCUCCCACAACGAGCACUUCCUCAGCUCCUACAACCAGCACAACCUUUGCCCCUGCAAGCAGCACAACCUCGGCUCCUACAACCAGCACAACCUCUGCUCCAACAACCAGCACAACCUCUGCUCCUACAACCAGCACAAUCUCUGCCCCUACAACCACUCCUAGCACCCCUACCCCAACAACCAGCACAACCUCAGCUCCUAUAACCAGCACAACCUCAGCCCUAACAACCAGCACAACCUCUGCCCCAACAACCAGCACAACCUCUGCCCCUACAACCAGCACAACCUCCGCUUCUACAGCUAGCACAACCUCUGCCCCUACAACCAGCACAACCUCGGCCCCAACAAGCAGCACAAUCUUGGCUCCUAUAACCAGCACCACCUCUGCCCUGACAGGCAGCACAAUCUCUGUCCCUAUAACCAGCACAAUUUCUGGUCCUGAAACUACUCCCAGCCCUGUUGCUACGACCAGAACCACCUCUGCUCCUACCACCAGCACAACCUCUGCCUCUACAACCAGCACAACCUCUGGUCCUGGAACUACUCCAAGUCCUGUUCCCAGCACCAGUACAACCUCUGCUGCUACAACCAGCACAACCUCUGCCCCUACAACCAGCACAACCUCUGGUCCUGGAACUACUCCCAGCCCUGUUCCCACCACCAGCACACCCUCUGCUUCUACAACCAGCACAACCUCUGCUCCUACAACCAGAACAACCUCAGCUCCUACAAGCAGCACAAUCUCCACUCCACAGACCAGCACAACCUCUGCUCCUACAACCAGCAUGACCUCUGGUCCUGGAACUACUCCCAGCCCUGUUCCCACCACCAGCACAACCUCUGCUCCUACAACCAGCACCACUUCUGGUCCUGGAACUACUCCCAGCCCUGUUCCCACCACCAGCACAACCUCUGUUUCAAAGACCAGCACAAGCCAUCUUUCUGUAUCCAAGACAACCCACCCUCAACCAGUCACCAGUGACUGUCAUCCCCGGUGCACCUGGACAAAGUGGUUCGACGUGGACUUCCCAUCUCCUGGACCCCACGGUGGGGACAAGGAAACCUACAACAACAUCAUCAGGAGUGGGGAAAAAAUCUGCCGCCGACCGGAGGAGAUCACCAGGCUCCAGUGCCGAGCCCAGAGCCACCCGGAGGUGAGCAUCGAACACCUGGGCCAGGUGGUGCAGUGCAGCCACGAAGAGGGCCUGGUGUGCCGGAACCAGGAUCAGCAGGGACCCUUCAAGAUGUGCCUCAACUACGAGGUGCGUGUGCUCUGCUGCGAGACCCCCACAGGCUGCCCGGUGACCUCUGUGACCCCAUAUGAGACUUCUCCUACCAAUGCCCUGUAUCCUUCCCUGUCUACCUCCGUGGCAUCCGCCUCCGUAGCUUUCACCUCCGUGGCAUCCACCUCCGUGGCAUCCAGCUCUGUGGCAUCCACCUCCGUGGCAUCCACCUCCGUGGCAUCCAGCUCUGUGGCUUACUCCACCCAAACCUGCUUCUGCAACGUAGCCGACCGGCUCUACCCUGCGGGAUCCACCAUAUACCGACACAGAGACCUCGCCGGCCACUGCUAUUAUGCCCUGUGUAGCCAGGACUGCCAAGUGGUCAGAGGGGUUGACAGUGACUGUCCGUCCACCACGCUGCCUCCUGCCCCAGCCACGUCCCCUUUGACAUCCACCUCCGAGCCCGUCACUGAACUGGGAUGCCCAAAUGCGGUUCCCCCCAGAAAGAAAGGUGAGACCUGGGCCACGCCCAACUGCUCCGAGGCCACCUGUGAGGGCAACAACGUCAUCUCCCUGCGCCCGCGCACAUGCCCAACGGUGGAGAAGCCCACCUGUGCCAACGGCUACCCAGCCGUGAAGGUGGCUGACCAAGAUGGCUGCUGCCAUCACUACCAGUGCCAGUGUGUGUGCAGCGGCUGGGGCGACCCCCACUACAUCACCUUCGACGGCACCUACUACACCUUCCUGAACAACUGCACGUACGUGCUGGUGCAGCAGAUCGUGCCCGUGUAUGGCCACUUCCGCGUGCUCGUCGACAACUACUUUUGCGGUGCGGAGGACGGGCUCUCCUGCCCGAGGUCCAUCAUCCUGGAGUACCACCAGGACCGCGUGGUGCUGACCCGCAAGCCAGUCCACGGGGUGAUGACCAACGAGAUCAUCUUCAACAACAAGGUGGUCAGCCCCGGCUUCCGGAAAAACGGCAUCGUGGUCUCGCGCAUCGGCAUCAAGAUGUACGCGACCAUCCCGGAGCUGGGAAUCCAGGUUAUGUUCUCCGGCCUCAUCUUCUCGGUGGAGGUGCCCUUCAGCAAGUUUGCCAACAACACCGAGGGCCAGUGCGGCACUUGCACCAACGACAGGAAGGAUGAGUGCCGCACGCCUAGGGGGACGGUGGUCGCUUCCUGCUCUGAGAUGUCCGGCCUCUGGAACGUGAGCACCCCUGACCAGCCAGCCUGCCACGGGCCUCGCCCGACGCCCACCACAGUCGGGCCCACCACAGUUGGGUCCACCACGGUCGGGCCCACCACACCGCCUGCUCCGUGCCUGCCAUCACCCAUCUGCCAGCUGAUUCUGAGCAAGGUCUUUGAGCCGUGCCACACCGUGAUCCCCCCACUGCCGUUCUAUGAGGGCUGCAUCUUCGACCAGUGCCACAUGACCGAGCUGGAUGUGGUGUGCUCCAGCCUGGAGCUGUACGCGGCGCUCUGCGCGUCCCGAGACAUCUGCAUCGACUGGAGAGGCCAGACCAACCACAUGUGCUCAUUCACCUGCCCAGCAGACAAGGUGUACCAGCCCUGCGGCCCGAGCAACCCCUCCUACUGCUACGGGAACGACAGCGCCAGCCUCGGGGCUCUGCCGGAGGCCGGCCCCAUCACCGAAGGCUGCUUCUGUCCGGAGGGCAUGACCCUCUUCAGCACCAGUGCCCAAGUCUGCGUGCCCACGGGCUGCCCCAGGUGUCUGGGGCCCCACGGAGAGCCGGUGAAGAUGGGCCACACCGUCAGCAUGGACUGCCAGGAGUGCACGUGUGAGGCGGCCACGUGGAUGCUGACCUGCCGACCCAAGCUCUGCCCGCUGCCCCCUGCCUGCCCCCUGCCCGGCUUCGUGCCUGUGCCUGCAGCCCCACAGGCCGGCCAGUGCUGCCCCCAGUACAGCUGCGCCUGCAACACCAGCCGCUGCCCCGCGCCCAUGGGCUGUCCUGAGGGCGCCCGCGCGAUCCCGACCUACGAGGAGGGGGCCUGCUGCCCGGUCCAAAACUGCAGCUGGACAGUGUGCAGCAUCAACGGGACCCUGUACCAGCCCGGCGCCGUGAUCUCCUCGAGCCUGUGUGAAACCUGCAGGUGUGAGCUGCCGGGCGGCCCCCCGUCAGACACGUUUGUGGUCAGCUGUGAGACCCAGAUCUGCAACACACACUGCCCUGUGGGCUUCAAGUACCAGGAGAAGAGCGGGCAGUGCUGUGGCACCUGUGUGCAGGUCGCCUGUGUCACCAACACCAGUGAGAGCCCCGCCCACCUCUUCUACCCCGGCGAGACCUGGUCAGACCCCGGGAACCACUGCGUGACCCAUGAGUGUGAGAAGCACCAGGACGGGCUCGUGGUGGUCACCACAAAGAAGGCGUGCCCCCCGCUCAGCUGUUCUCUGGACGAGGCCCGCAUGAGCAAGGACGGCUGCUGCCGCUUCUGCCCGCCGCCCCUGCCCCCAUACCAGAACCAGUCGACCUGUGCUGUGUACCAUAGGAGCCAGAUCAUCCAGCAGCAGGGCUGCAGCUCCUCGGAGCCCGUGAGCCUGGCUUACUGCCGGGGGAACUGCGGGGACAGCUCUUCCAUGUACUCGCUCGAGGGCAACAUGGUGGAGCACAGGUGCCAGUGCUGCCAGGAGCUGCGGACCUCGCUGAGGAAUGUGACUCUGCACUGCACCGACGGCUCCAGCCGGGCCUUCAGCUACACCGAGGUGGAACAGUGCGGCUGCAUGGGCCGGCGGUGCCCUGCGCCGGGCGACACCCAGCACUCGGAGGAGGAGGAACCCGAGCACAGCCAGGAGGCAGAGAGUGGGAGCUGGGAGGGAGGCGUCCCAGUGUCCCCCAUCCACUGA